AUGCAGCGCCUGCCGCAGGUGGGGAUGGCCGAGGAGGGUCCCGGCUGCCCCUGGGCGCUGCCACGCCUAAACUGGAUGGGCGUCCUGCGCUAUGGCUUGCUGCUUGUCACCGCUGGAGCGCUUUGCUGCUUCGUCUGCCGCCAGAUCUUCCUGCAGCAUCAGCAACAGAAGCGGCUGGAGCUCCCUGGGGCUGCUAGGGGGCUUCACAAAGCUGGCAGUGGGGGGUUCCUGGGGCUCCAGAGGCUGAAGGGCCAGCGACAGCCCACCUGUGUGUUUGGAAAAGUGAUGGGAACCGGAGUGGGUGCGCGGCGCCUCCAGUGGGAGGUGGCUGAGUUGCAGUUCAAUCACACAGGUCCCCGGAAGGAACCCAUGCUGCUUUGGGAUGCUGGCCCAGCCUUAGGCCGCUCCUUUUCCCACGGACCAGAGCUGGACCAGGGGCAGCUGCGUGUGCACCGUGGUGGCAUCUACAGGUUGCAUAUCCAAGUGACACUGGCUAACUGCUCACCCAUGUAUAGCAGCACACCCCGAAAGGCCACCCUGGCUGUGGGCAUCUGCUCACCUGUCACCCGAAGCAUCAGUCUGCUGCGUCUGCACUUUGGCCAAGGCUGCACCGUCUCGUCCCAGCGACUGACACCUCUGGCCCACGGGGAUGUCCUUUGCACCAACCUCACCCUGCCUCUGCUGCCUUCCCCCAACACAGAUGAGACUUUCUUUGGCAUUCAGUGGGUACAUCCCUGA